UGGUAUCAAAAUUCGCAAAAUUUUCUGAGAGAAGAAAUGGCAGCAAGAGCAUCAGUACUAGCUCUCCACCAAGUAAGCAAUGCGCACCGCACCUCCACCUCCUCCCCGGCGCACGCCUCCAAGCCUGCGCCGCCUCGUGGACUCGCAUUACCCGGGCGGAGACAGUUGGCGCUGUCGCUGACGUGGACGGCGGCGCUGGCAGCUGUGGCUGCGAAGGAAGUGAAGGCGGAGGACAUUGGGCUGUUUGGGCUGAGGAGGAAGGUGAAAGAGGCGGAGAAGGAAGUGGAGGUGAUAGUGAAGGAAGGGUUCGAGGCGGCGGAGAAGGGGCUGGAAACGACGGAAAAGGGGCUAGAAUCGGCGGAGAAGGGGAUAGAAUCGGUGGAGCGAGGGAUUGAAACGGCUGAGGAAGGGGUGGAAGCGGCGUUGAGCUUCGGGGGUUUGGCACAGGCUGGAGCGGUGGUGGGAGCGGAGGUUGUGGGGGUUUUGGUGGCGACUUCGAUUGUGAAUGGGAUUUUGGGGCCGGAUAGUUAGUUAGGAAUCGAGAAGUGAAAACUCGAUUUCGAUUGUGUGGGUUAUGUUGUUUUUUUUUUUUUUUUUCUUUGUGAAAUUUGGAUUAUUGGGAUUGUGCUUUAAGUUGUAAACUUCAAGUAUUUAAUUAUGAGCUAAUUAACGAGAAUUAUUGCUAAUAAUGCAUGUAAUUACAUUAUGAUGGUAAAUUUCGUGAUUAGCAACUUGUAAGGCAUUUCUAUAUGCCACUUAGUAAUA